CUCUCUCGCCGUCCCUGCACGCAGGGCACUCAACGAAUCUCCGGUACCUGUUUGGUUACUCGCCGUUUACUAUUUUAAUCGGCGAUGCCAUUCCUAAAUUCAGAUGUUCCGUUCCUUUCACAUCUAUCGUCCCUCGAACUGCUGCUAUUACGGCAUUUGCUAUCUAUGGCGUCCCCCGGAAACUUGGGAGCAUAUAACGUUAAAUAUCCUCAGCGAGAUUCUAGAACGCAAUCCCAUUUCGAUAUCUCUCCGCCCGAAUUGCGCCGCUUCGAGGUCCAUCAGCUCUUAUCCUCUUCUCCCUUUCUUUCUUUAGUCUUCUAAGCAUUAAAUUUGGUGGGUCGGGGCUUGUUGUGCUCAUUUCGCCAAGGAACUGCUCAGAAAGUUUCAGUUGAUGAUUUUACGGUGGUGUGAAAAUUUUCGAUUCUUUUAAAACUGCCGGGGAUCAAAGCGUUCGAGGUUGAGACUACAGCGAAUUGCAGCUGGUGCCGAACUGAGUUGGCGGGAGGGAAGUAAACGCGUUGAUGAUACUGGAAAGAAGGCGGGAAAUUCAACCAUGACGUUUCCGAUAUAUGAUGACAACCUGUACCUCUUGCACAUGACAAAUGACCUUGAAAAGGCAUCUCAAGAGCCGCCCACAAAUUCAGUGAAUGCUCUGAUUGCUGGCAAUGUCGAGAAAAUUCCUCCAUCAUCUGUUGUCAAGCAGCUGGCUAUAGCUCUCGAGUGGACAACUAGCAGGAAAGGGAAGAAGUUUAGUUCAAUGAAAGAUCUUCUGGCAUCAUCUACGGCUUCCUCUCCUAUCAGGGAUAGGGCAGAAAGGAGCAUCUCAGUAGUAAAAUCAUUAGUGCUUCGCGGGAAGGACGAAAGGGUUACACCAGAAUUAGGAGAUGAUGAUCAGUUUACAUUUUUGAUUCAUUCUCUCUUUGAUUCAGAAGGACAUUUUCUCAGUAGGAAGAAUGCAACCGGUUUAGAGGGGAGUGCUGCAACAGCUUUUUCAAGAGAUAUUCAUGGUGCUCCUCCUGAAAGUUUUGUUGCUAAACUAUCAGAAGUAAUUGGAUAUUUCAGGAGCCUGAAGAAAAUGGCUCUGUUUUGGUGCAGGAUAGUUGCAGAGCUUCGAAGAACUUGGUCUGAGGAGGAGCAUAUAUGUGGCAUUCCUUUGGAUGGGAUGCCAGAUCUCGAUUGCUGUCUUCUGUAUCAGCAGUUGCAGGUCAUCAAUAGUUGUAUAUCUCGAAAAAGGCGACGUCUAGUUGCCAUUGAAUCAUUAGAUUCAGCUAGUUCAAAUUCUAGAGAGUCGGCCAGUACCAAUGACACUGCUACUUUAAGUCCUAAAUUGUAUGCAAGACUAGGAACUGGGGAGCUUGUUCAGCGGCUGGGAGCAGAUCGCCAGUCUGAUGAUCUAGUCAUGUUGGAAACUGGAGAACCUAUAUAUUUUCCGAUUACCCAGGAAGGCCCAUUACUCACUGACGAUCUCAUCAAAGAGACGGAGGAAUUUGUUCUUCAGACAGGAAGUGUUGGUGCUGGUUGUUCUCAUCUCCUCUCCGACAUGCAGGCUUUUAAGGCUGCUAAUCCGGGUUGCAUCCUAGAAGACUUUGUUAGAUGGCACUCUCCUCCCGAUUGGACCGAAGCUGACGAAAGUAUCGAAGGCGAUGACUUCUUUGAUGGGACUGAUGCAUCUUCAAGAGGACUGCUAAGUAAACGGAUGCAGAAAGAAGGUAACUUGUGGCUUCACUUAUGGAAAACAGCUAAACCUAUACCAGCUGUUAAGCAAGCACCUCUAUUUGAUGAGGAUUUGGCCGUGGAAGGAACCCUGGACAUUCUGGAGUAUAUUCCACCUUUCGAGCUUUUCAAACAACUUUUUGUUUCCUUGCUUGGCGUGGGAUUUGUUGUUGCUGAAGGAACUCUUUCGGUUGAUGAGAACUUCUCAAAGCUGUUUUAUGAGUGCAAAGAUUUUGUUGUCCAUGCAUGUCAGGGGAGUAUCAAUGAGAAAGUUCAGGAUCUUUGCCAGGUGUAUGAAACAGUAGAGAGUAUGCUGCUCAAUCCUGAAGAAGUCCUGAAAGCCCUGAAGCAGCAGCCUGAGGGAGGAAGCCCCACAGAGAACGAAUCCAGGCGUCGGUUUAUCAGAAUACCGGGCCUGAGCCUUGGAGGCAAGGAGAGGCCCUGGAGAAAUCCGGAACUGAAAGAUGGGCAGGAUCCAGAAGAGAAGACCCCAAGGACCGGCCGAGUAAUUGCAAGCUUCUUCAGACGAAAGUCAUUCUGGUUCUCGAGGAAUACCCCGAAGGGCUGUGCAUCUCCUCCUAACGGUUCCGUGUCCAGAAGCGAAGUCAGUUGGUUGGUAACCUAGGUGUAUAUAACGACUAGAUCUUCUUUCCUUCAUAGAGAUGAUUGUUUGGCAAAUCUAAGGCCAUAGUUGCACCCCGACUAGGCGUUCAUUAUCUCGAAAUACUUGGCUCCUGGGUGGGCGAGCUAAGCCUUGUAUAGUAACUGUAAUUAUCCAAAUACUUGGCUCUCGAGUCAUCUGUAAUUGUAAAAUCUAAUGCAUUUAGCCUUUGUCAGCAAUGACACUGCGGGGUUCA